AUGUCGUCUGUUGCAUCUCUAACAUUGAUAUCUCAACAAUUUACAAUUUACUUUGGUAUUCCAGUUUUUUUCUUUGGUCUUAUUGGAAAUUGUUUGAAUAUUCUUAUGUUUUUAUCUAAAAGUUUAUUUCCAUCAAGUCCAUGUCAAUUAUAUUUUCUUACAGCAUCAAUUUCAAGUUUAAUUGCAAUUAUUAUUCCACUUUCAUUACGUAUUUUAAUUGGUUUACAAUAUGAUUUAACAAAGACAAAUUUAUUUCUCUGUAAAUCACGACAAUAUUUCGGUCAUGUUUCCAUAUUAACAUCAUUAACAUGUGUUAGUUUGGCAACCAUUGAUCGAUAUUUAAUUAGUUGUCGUGAAGUUCGCUUUCGACAGAUAAGUAAAAUAUCAACAGCACGAAUUUUAUGUAUUUUAACAAUUCUUUUCUGGUCUUUACAUGGUUUACCAAUCGUUAUAAUGGUUAAUAUUUAUCCAGCUGCAGUAAAUCAAACUGUUUGUGUUAAUCGAUCAAUAAUAUAUGGAUAUUAUCUUAAUUAUUUUAUUAUUUUAAUUCUCUAUAAUAUAUUACCAUUAGCAAUUUUUAUUCUAUUUGGAUUAUUAACAUGGACAAAUAUGCACAAAAUUCAACGACGACGCAUUGAACCUCAACAACAACAACAACGUUUACCGACAACUCAACGUCAAGAAUAUCAAUUAACAAAAAUGUUACUAUUACAAAUUUCUUCAAUUAGUAUAUCAACAAUACCUUAUGCAAUAAAUACUCUGUAUAAUACAAUAACAAGUCAAAUACAAAAAGAUUCUUUAAGAACGGCACAGGAAAAUCUUUCAACAACAGUGACAAAUUUUCUUUUUUAUUUAAAUUUUGCCGUUAGUUUCUACAUUUAUCUUAUCUCAUCAAAAUCAUUAAGAAAGAAGUUUUUCAGAAAAUUACUUUCAACAUACAGUGGAUGUAAACAAGUUACACAUGCUAUUUCGACAAUUACAGCGCCAACAGCAAAUAAUCUAGAUCGAACAACGACAAGAAACAACUAA